CCUACUACAAAUUCAUUCAGUAUUUCUUCGCCACGCCUUUAAACGUAAAGAAAUGGGUAUUGACCAAUUGCAAGCCUUGAAUCCCCACGUAGCGCUCUGCCGAUGAUCAGAUGACUAAAGGAGAAACUAUUUAAAUCUCUAAUGAACAACUUGAUGCAAGGUCACUCAACUGCUACGGCGCGCACGAACCACAGUCACUUGGAUAAUUGGACAUAAGCGCACUGAAAACACGAACAACUGUUAAAGAGCUGUUAUUAUCUUUACAUCGACGGACUUCACAUUUGUUUGCGUGAGAAAGAAAUGAAAAAUGUCACUCGUUCUUUGUGGAUUUUCCUACUUUGUGCAGUUGCGCUCAUUGCGUCGGGAGUGGAAGGCAACGAACAAUUCAAAGAUGAGGCGUUUCAAGUGCUAUACGGCGAUGAGGCGCUCCAUGACAGGAUCACAUACAACAUGAGGAAGAGCCUGGAUCUAGACGUGGACGGCUGCAUCCUGCUGCCUGGUGAGAAGAGGAGUCUGCAGGAGUGUGGCUUCAACGUCACAGCUAAGACCUUCUUCAUCAUCCACGGUUGGACGAUGAGUGGGAUGUUUGAGAGUUGGAUGCGGAAGCUGGUGGCGGCCAUGAUGCAGCGAGAGCCGGAGGCCAACGUGGUCAUCGUUGAUUGGCUGCCCAUGGCCCACCAGCUCUACCCCGACGCUGUCAACCACACCCACCAAGUCGGCCUCAGUGUCGCCACCACCAUCAACUGGCUCCAGGAGGAACAGCAGCUGCCCCUGCAGAAUGUGCACCUGGUUGGCUACAGCUUGGGGGCCCACGUGGCGGGCCAUGCCGGAACGUCUGUGCGAGGGACUGUCGGCAGAAUCACGGGUCUAGACCCGGCAGGGCCCAUGUUUGAGGGGGUGGGGGAUGAUAAGCGCCUCUCAUCGGGCGACGCGGACUUUGUGGACAUCCUGCAUACGUACACGCGUGAGGCGCUGGGUGUGAGCAUCGGGAUCCAGCAGCCCAUCGGAGACGUCGACAUCUACCCCAACGGCGGAGACGUGCAACCAGGCUGCGCCCUGAGUGAGGUGCUGACCAGUGCCACUGGAGGAAGCUUCAUGGAUGUGAUUAAGUGUGAGCACGAGCGGGCUGUGCUCCUGUUUGUGGACUCCCUGAUGAGCAACGAGUACAUGAGCCUUGCCUACCAGUGCACCGACCCCGAACGCUUCAAGAAGGGCAUCUGCCUGAGCUGCCGUAAGAACCGCUGCAACAACAUUGGUUACAACACCAAGAAGAUGAGGAAGCGGCGCAACUGCAAGAUGUACCUGAAGACCCGUGCUGCCACACCUUUCGGAGGCAUCCAUUACCAGAUGAAGAUGCACGUGUUCAACAGAAAGCAGGCUGACGAUGCUGACCCAACCUUCCACGUCAAGCUGUAUGGAGCUCACGAUGACACCGAUGACCUGCAUGUAGACAUUCCAAACAAAGUGGGUCUGAACCUAACCAACACCUUCCUGGUCUUCACCGAGGACGACAUCGGGGACCUGCUGAAGAUUCGUCUGAGCUGGGAGGGGGUGACCGAGUCCCUAGGGUCCUUCUGGAAGAACAUAAAGAAGUCCUUCUGGUCCUGGAACAGCAACAGCACGACCACCAACCAGGUGCUGGAGGUCCGCAGGAUCCGUGUCAAGUGUGGAGAAACACAGAAGAAGUUCACAUUCUGUGCCCAGGACCCCUCAGUGACUGAGAUCUCUCCAGGACAGGUUAUCACGUACGUCAAGUGUCGUGAUGGCUGGGAGGUCAAACCCAGUAGAAAAAGAUUGCACAACUUAUAAGGAUUCAACGCACCAACACCAUGGGGACCCAAAGGCGGAAGGAAUGUCGGUAAGCAGCGCCUUUUCUUCGUCUGAGCACUUUGAUUGGAAGAGUGAUGAGCACACGGUGAGAGGCCUUGGACUUGGGAUGCACCUGGAUGUUUACUGGUGGCCUCUUGGCUCUAGCCAAUGGGACUUCCAAGUGCUGGCUGUGGGGGCGGGCCUUGGUGUGCUGUCUGUCGGGACUGUCUUGAGAAUUCCCGGAGCGUUUCUUUGUGCGGACGGACUGUUCAACUCAAAAUAAACGGGUGUGUUAUCCAUCGGACAUUCCCCCCAACAAAACUAGUCUCUUUUUACUGUAUAUUUGUAUUAACUUAUGAAGUGGAAGCACUGCGGGGAACAGUUUAUUUAUCAAUCCCAAGCACACCCUGUACUGAAUGAAGCACAUUGUUUUGAAUAAUUUCUUCUGAGAUGCAGUAUUUGUGUGGUUGAGUGAAUAUCUUGUGAAUGUGUCUGCGUGCGUGCACAUUGUGUGUGUGUGGCUUUGGGCAGAGCAGUGGGAGAUGACUGUAAACCCUGACGUGUAACUGAAGGAGGUGACUGUGCUACAUGCACUAUGAUCUUUCACUGUGUUUGUAGGGUUUCAAAAUUUCCCAGGUUCUCCAGAAAUCCUGGUUGAAGGAUUGCGGAUUUGAUAGUUAGUCCCUUCGGUGUCCGGUAAUCUGCCAACCGGGAUUUCUGAAAAACCUGGGAAUUUUGGGGGGAAAAUGUAACAGAAUUUUGCAAUCCUGCUUCUGUGCAAUGUGUUGCUAUUAUUGUUAUUUCUAACAGAUAUCUGUAUGUAUAUAAUGUACAAUGUAAAUGUUUUUUUGAAAAAAAACAAUCUCUAAUGAU